UAUACACACACACACACACACACACACACACACACACACACACACCCUUUCCUCCUCCCCUGGGCCGUGGGGUCAUGGCGUUGUCUUCGUCGAGGCGAGAAGAAGAAGAAGAAGAAGAGCGGACGGCAGGCAGUUGACUCGUGGAGGGAGCCAGGCUGCAAGAGAGAGGAGAAGAAGAAGAACACCGAGCGGGGAAAAUGUCGUGGAAGAGGAACUACUUUGCGUCCGGCGGCGGUGGAAGUGGCGUUGGCGGAGGGAUACCGGGGAUGUUGACGCCUCGCAACGUGACGUCUAUCGCCCCGAGUAAAGGGCUGAGCAACGAGCCGGGACAGAACAGCUGCUUCCUGAACAGUGCCCUGCAGGUUCUGUGGCACCUCGACAUCUUCAGACGCAGUUUCCGCCAGCUGACGACUCAUAAGUGCAUGGAGGACUCGUGCAUUUUCUGCGCUCUGAAGAGCAUCUUCGCCCAGUUUCAGUACAGCAGCGAGAGAGUUCUGCCGUCGGACGCGCUGCGCAGCGCGCUCGCCAAAACCUUCCAGGACGAGCAGAGGUUUCAGCUCGGCAUCAUGGACGACGCCGCAGAGUGCUUCGAAAACCUCUUGAUGAGGAUCCACUUCCACAUCGCAGACGAGACCAAAGAAGACAUCUGCACGGCCAGACACUGCAUCCCGCACCAGAAGUUCGCCAUGACGCUCUUCGAGCAGUGUGUGUGCAGCAGCUGUGGAGCCUCAUCAGACCCACUGCCCUUCAUUCAGAUGGUCCACUACAUCUCCACCACCUCGCUGUGUAACCAGGCGGUGAAGAUGUUGGAGUCGAGGGAGAAGGCGACUCCCGGCAUGUUUGGCGAGCUGCUGCGUAACGCCAGCAUGGGAGACCUGCGCAGCUGUCCUAGCCAGUGUGGCCAGCAGCUGAGGAUGGCUCGCGUCCUCCUCAACAGUCCCGAGAUCAUCACCAUCGGGCUGGUCUGGGACUCGGACCACUCGGACCUGGCCGAAGACGUCAUACACACCCUGGGAACCUGCCUGCGGCUCGGAGAUCUGUUCUACAGAGUGACGGAGGAGAAGGCGCGCCAGGCGGAGCUCUACCUGGUCGGCAUGGUGUGUUACUACGGGAAACAUUACUCCACCUUCUUCUUCCAGACCAAGAUCAGACGAUGGAUGUACUUCGAUGACGCACACGUCAAAGAGAUCGGUCCCAAGUGGAAGGACGUUGUUUCUCGCUGCAUCAAGGGCCACUACCAGCCGCUGCUGCUGCUCUACGCUGACCCGCGGGGGACCCCGGUGUCGGCCCAGGACCUGCCCUCGCGCUUCCCCCUCCACAGCCUCAACAAGUCCUGCUACGACAGCGAGGACUCGGGCCGCGAGCAGUCGAUCUCCAGCGACACUCGCACCGAUUCGUCCACGGAGAGCUCGUCGUCCCGACAGCCCUCCCACUCGCACCAUGAGUCCCUGGCCAGCCACUACUCCUCCGACUCCCAGGGAACCGUCAUCUGCACCGACGGAUCGCUGCAUGCCUCGCUCGGCAGCCUGGAGACCGUAGGCCACGUGACGGACAGCGAGCAGCACCGGUCUCCGAGGAAGGGAGGCGGGCCCGGAGAUAGGAGGCGGAGCUCUAGCCGCCACCGCCGGUCUAAACCCAACAACGAAGCCCUGUCGGCCGGGUACCACAGCGAGGGUGAAACAUUAAAGGAGCAGCAGGUUCCUCGUCACCUCCCCAAACCCUCCUUCUCCUCCUCCUCCUCCUCCUCCUUUUCUUCCUCCUCAAGUCGUCUCCGAGACUUUAAGGAGACGAUGAGCAACAUCAUCCACAGCCGCCCGCUCUCCUCCUCUUCCUCCUCCUCUCUGCCCGCAGCCGUCCUCGCCUCUGACAUCACUUCCUCCUCCAAAAACAACGCCAACAACCGCCACCACGAGGUCUACGCGGCGUCCUCUCCCUCAGCCGGUGCGUCCCUGGACUGGGACGCCGACAGCACUGGCAGCGAGUCCAUGUCCAGGUGCACCGGCAGCGAGUCCGUGUCCAGGUGCACCGGCAGCGAGUCCAUGUCCAGGUGCACCGGCAGCGAGUCCGUGUCCAGGUGCACCGGCAGCGAGUCCGUGUCCAGGUGCACCGGCAGCGAGUCCAUGUCCAGGUGCAUUGGCAGCGAGUCCAUGUCCAGGUGCAUUGGCAGCGAGUCCAUGUCCAGGUGCACCGCAGUGCACCGGCAGCGAGUCCGUGUCCAGGUGCACCGGCAGCGAGUCCGUGUCCAGGUGCACCGGCAGCGAGUCCGUGUCCAGGUGCUCGGGCGGAGCAGGGUCCGGGCCCGGGUCCGGGCCGGGGUCUGGGGGGUACCGGCCGGCAUGGCGGCCGCGCAGGGAGGCGCUCAACAUCGACAGCAUCUUCACCCCGCGCCCCGCCGCCAGGAGUGGUGUAGGCCCGCCGCCGUCCCGCUCAACGAUGAGGCUGGAGCGCCGGAGGAGGACAUCAGGUCUGUCACACAAAGGCCGGGUUCCUCCUGGACUCUCCCGAACUUCUCCUCCAGCAGGAGCUGCGUCGGAGGCCAACCAGGACAUGGAAGAGGAAGUGGCGUAGAUGCAGAGCUCCCUCCCCCCCCUCCUCCUCCCCCCCGGCUGAUCCAGAGGAUGGAGAGUGGAUACGAGAGCAGCGAGAGGAACAGCAGCAGCCCCAUCAGCCUGGACCUGAACCCUGCAGACAGGGAGUGUGUCCUGAAGAAGCCUUCCUCCUCCUCCUCCUCUUCCUCUGGACCGUCCUGGAGGAACAACCGGUCGAAGAGCAGCGGCGCUUUGCUGCAGGAGCUCGGCUCGUCCAGCAGGGGGAGCCUCGCGCCCCCUGCGGGCCCCAGCGAGCUGGACCAGCUGCAGGAGGAGGUGCAGAGGAGAGCGAGGGAGGAGGAGCAGCAGCGACGGCAGGAGAAGGAGAGAGAGGCAGCGCUCGGCUUCAACCCCCGACCCAGCAAGUACCUGGACCUGGACCAGCUGCAGAUCCAAGGUAAAGGUGACAGCUUUGAGAGGUGUGUGUCGGAGGCGGAGCUUCUGCUGGACCAGUCGGUGCGUCUGGAGCAGGCGGGAGAGGUCACAGCAGCGCUGUCAUCGGUCAACGAAGCUGUCUCCAAACUGCAUCUGGCGGCGGCCGAGGGCGGAGCUGGUAGUCACAGCCGGCUGCAGCGCUGCCUGAGGAGAGGCCGCGGCCUGCAGCAACGAAUCCAGCAGCAGCAGCAGGACACAGAGCCUGCAGGCAGACUGCAGCAGCAGCAGGACACAGAGCCUGCAGGCAGACUGCAGCAGCAGCAGCAGGACACAGAGCCUGCAGGCAGACUGCAGCAGCAGCAGGACACAGAGCCUGCAGGCAGACUGCAGCAGCAGCAGCAGGACACAGAGCCUGCAGGCAGACUGCAGCAGCAGCAGCAGGACACAGAGCCUGCAGGCAGACUGCAGCAACAGGAACAGCCCAGUGAAAAGCCUCUCUCGCUCCAAAUUCUUCUGACAGAGAGACAGGGCGACCAAUCAGCUUCCAGUCUGGACCAGCAGGCCCCGCCUCUCUCCCCCUGCCUCGUUAAGCCCCUCCCUCCAAAAAUGACCUCACUUUCGGACCUUCCCUCCGGCGCCGUUGUGGCCCCUACAGGUUCACCCAGGGAGGACGGCAGGACCGGAGGCCCCUGCUCUCGCUUCGGGAAACCUCUGGGACAGGUGGCUCCUCCCCCUCCACCUGAGGAGGCGGAGCUUCCCUCCCAUUGGCCCCGAACGCCUUGUGUCUCUAUCCUAGCACAGGCCCCGCCCCCGUUACCUGUUCACCCCAUUGACAGGAGUCAUGUGAGGAUGGAGGAGGCACCAUUUUACCCCCGACAACCCCCAACUACACCCCUUGCGACUUCUUUCCCAACAUGCAGUUGGUCCUGCUUACACCCGGCUGAUGUCGUUGAUUGUCCCGUUGACCCGCCAGUCGUCUCGCCAGUAUCUCCCAAAAAUUCCCCCCCGUCCCAUGGCCAGGACUUCCGAGCGCCGCUGCCCGUGGAGCGCUGGGCGGAGAACGUCAACAGAUACUACGGCUCCCAGAGGGCAACGGGCGGAGAGGCAUCGCACGGCGAGGAGCUGUCGGAGCUGGAGUCUCUGUACCAGGCGAGCCUGCUGGCUCCCAGCAUGCACCGGGGCAGCCGAGGAGUCAGUCCUCAGCCGACAAGCAACAAACAAGGUUUGAGGAGAAUGCUGUCAGGAUCUGGACGAUCCAAAACACCGACGGCUGAGAUCGAGAGACACGCCUACAGAUCACCAGUUACACCUCAUAAGCCUCUGUCUGGUGAAGACGAGAGCUACAGUGCAGCCAACCUGCGGCGUCUCGCCCGCAGCCUGAGUGGAACCUUCAUCGGGUCCAGACCCCAAAACCUCGGCUCCUCCCACAGCUGUGAGCCCUCUGUUUCCCUCAGACACUCCUCCUCUUCCUCCUCCCUCCUCCGUCGCCCCAGCAACCCCUCCUCCCCCUCCUCCACUACAGAUCCCUCCCUCCAUCACCUCCUCCGUCACCUGCCCCCCUCGCAGACACCCCAGCCCCCAACGGAGGGCUUCUCCUCCUGGGGACACUCAGGAUCUGGCUCCGCCCCCCACCAGCCCUCCCUGGUUGUAUCUGACCGGCGUCCGUCUCUCUCGGGUCAAAGCCUCCACAGCGUCCCGCUGAGUUACGCCACUCUUCCUCGAGUUCCUCGCCGAGCGCAGCCUCCCCCCCCCCCCCCUUCCCCUCCCCUCCUCCUCCCUCCCCGAGGUCUCCGGCCCACCCCGUCCCCCCACAGCCUCUACGCCACGCUGUCUCACCCUCGCCGCCCUGCCGCCUCCAACCCUCGCCACAGGGACCCGCCUCGGCCGGUUACGCUCAACGGCUCGGCCCCCCUCCAGCCGAGGCGCCUGGACGUUCCCCCGGAGACCGACUGGCGCCGAGACACCGCCCACAGGACCGCGACUUCCUCCUGGGACCCCCACGCCGCCCGUGGCGCCCAGUCGCUCCACCGGACAGUGCUGCCGCCGCCGCGGCUCUGCUCGCUCUGCCGGCAGCUUCCUGCCGAGCCAACGCGGUCCUACUGCCCGUCCUGCAGCGCGUACGUGGCUCGCUUCCCGCCUGCCGGCGCCACUCUUAGGACCGGGCAUCGCCGGUGA